AUGUCUGACAACAUGGAACUAGAUGAAUACCGGAGACAAUGGCGCGACCGUUCGCGGUCUCCAGGCCGUCGCUUUGACCGCAGAGAUAAUGCACGCGGAUUUUCCUCGAGACGGGGUGGCAGAGGAGGCUCUUUGCAGUCGAGAAUUGGCAGCAGACCCGAUUUCCGUGGCCGUGGCGGUCGCGAUUUUGAGCCUAGAGUCACCAGGGUGUACGAGCAUUCGGUUUUCGUUGGAAACCUUCCUUUCCACACCACUUGGCAGGACCUGAAGGACGUUUUCCGGGAGGUUGGUGAAGUUGUGCGUGCGGACGUGGUGACUUCACGCGGCCGGUCCCGGGGAAUGGGAACCGUCGAGUUUGCUACCAAGGACCUUGUUCAAGACGCAAUUGCCAAGUUUGACCGCACAAUGUACGACGGCCGGGAAAUCUUCGUUAGAGAAGAUCUUCCACCUCCUGAAAAAGAGGCCGCUCCUCGUAACGAGAGAAGAAGAGAGAGAGGAGUGCCGGCCAUUGAGGAAGGUUUUGAGAUUUUCGUUGGAAACCUUCCAUUUAGUGCCAGAUGGCAGGACCUGAAGGACUUCUUCAAAAACGUUGGUCCUAUUAUCCGUGCCGACGUUAAGGAGGACCACCGUGGCCGGUCCAAGGGAUUCGGAACGGUGAUCUUUGCCAACUCCGAGGACGCAGACCGUGCCAUUGCCGACUUCAACGGCUACGACUUUGACGGAAGACGCAUCGAGGUCAGAGCAGGAAAGCAGUUUAACAAAGACCAGGACGCUCCAGCAGCUUCCAAGAACUCCGAGUUUGUGGCCGGCGUGGUUGGCCAAGGCGAGCCUAACGGCACCAUUUUUGCAGACAACCUGCCGUGGGAAACGUCCGAGACAGACCUUUACGAUCUGUUUGGAAGCAUUGCGCAGGUUUCCCGUGCCGAGCUCCAGUUCGACAAGAUCGGAAGACCAGCAGGAAGUGCCGUGGUGCAAUUCCAGGAUGUGGACGGAGCCACUGCAGCAGUCAACCAGCUGAACAACUACGAAUACGGUAGAAGACGUCUACAUGUCUCGUUUGCUCACAGAGAAACACCUGCUCCAAGCGAGCCACAGUUUGAACAGGGGGAGCAGGAGCAGCCAGCUCCAGAGCCGGUCGAGUCUGCUGCUCCUAUCGAGCCAGCCGAAUCGUCAGAGCCCCUCGAGCCUGUUGCCGAGCCUGAACCUGUUCCAGAACAAGACAUGGAGGAAGACCACAUCGAGGAGUAA